AUGGCAAGUAGUUUUGACCUUCUUGUAGCUCAACUUACAGUUGAUGCCAACCUCCGCGAAAUAACAAAUGUUCUCAAAAGUCAGAACUCCGUACUGGAAUCAACAUUCAUUUCUGAAUUUUAUCAACCAAUACUUACUCUCGAACGAUGGACCUGGCAGCUGUUUGGCAAAAAUUCGCAUCAAAACUUUCAACAGUCAACUUAUUUCGAUUUCUUCCGAACCUUGGCAUUAUUCAAUAAAAAUCUAGUCUUUCAUUAUGACACGAUCGAUAGUGUCACAAAAGCUGCUGUCAUUAUUCCUGAUACGAUCGAAUGGAUAAACGAUAUAUUCACGCAAUUAGCAAACAUUACUGAUGAAAAUGAUAUAUACAUUUAUAUUGUGAGUAUGUGGUUUGAUAAUCUCUCAUUGUUCUUAUUUGACAAUCCUGAACACGAAGCAUCUCCUGCUAUCGUUCAUAUCAAUCGAUACAUUGCGCAGAAUUAUAUUAUGACUGAUCAAUACAAAUUUUAUUUAUCUCAACUAGCACAACCGUCAGUAUCACAAACAAUUUUCACUGCGAAACAAUUGUUCUAUAUAAAGACAUGUUCAUUGUCUUUGAGUGCGUAUUUAUUUGCUAAAGCACAAGAUUUUCUUUAUACAAGUAGCGACAUCCUCCAGCAUCUUGGUCCCUAUUACACACAAAUAAUCAUCCUUCAUACUCAGACAAUCGAAUCAUGGAGUUCGUCUUUACUUACUUGUAUUACACAUUUGAUUAGCUUUUUCGUUUCUUGUUGUUGGUGGGGAGGAGAAAAAAAUUCACCUAUUCGAAUUCUCUUUGCCAACGACGCGGGUGCUGGCGUAUAUAUCGACGCUCUCAUUCGUAUUGUCGAGCACAAACCAUUUCGUCAAUAUCUCUCAUCACAACAAUCAUCCGACCAUACCAUUCUCCUUGACAGAACUUUAUUCUCUCUGAUUAACAUUUCACAAAAUCAAGAAAUGAUUUGGUUCCUACGCUCAAAACCGAUGCUAGUAGAUGUGUUAAUAGAACUUGCUGAAACAUCGGUAUACGAUAAUGUCUGUUUGUGUAUAUUUAGUAUUCUAGCUGAAAUUUUGAGUAAUGAACGUUUAAAAGAAUUAAAGAUCCCAGAUAGUGCGAGUAGUUAUUUCUUUCGUAUUCUUGAGGAUGCGUGGAACCAUCCGUUGAAAAAGUUUAAACAGAUACCGAUUUAUUACAUACUGAAACUUUAUAUUACCUUAUCGAAAAUCGAUGCUAUUCAACAGACAACAGCAAAUACAAAUAAGAUUCCACUCUUGAUUGAAAUGUGCGAUGAAUAUCCAAUGAUAUUCGAUAUCCUUUGGGCAUUAUCCUUCAAUCAUGAUGUUCAACAGCAACUGCGUUCCAAUUCGUCGUUUAUGACAAAAUUAAACCAUCCACCUAAAGAAUACAAUAACGAACAGAUAAGGAAAAUCGUGCAAGGAAUUCUAUGGAAUUUAGAAACUACUCACAAAGAUCGAACUACAUCGUUGACGAGCGAUGAAAAAAUGUUCGAUAUUAUGAUUAGUUACUCACAUAAAGACGAAGUUAUUUGUCGAAAAAUAUACGAUGAAUUAAUCAAAACCGGUUAUCGCAUUUGGAUUGAUUUCGAUCAACUACACGGAAACGUUAUGGAUGCUAUGGCACAAGCAAUUGAACGAUCCAAUGCAAUCGUCAUUUGUAUGAGUGAAGAAUAUCGUCGAAGUAAUUAUUGUCGAGCAGAAGCUCACUAUGCAUUUCAACGACAAUUGAAGAUGGUUCCCAUUCUACUGAAAGAGCAUUAUCAACCGGAUGGUUGGCUACUAUUCCUAGUUGGUCAAUUGUUUUACAUUGACUUCACAAAAUACGAAUUUUCACAAGCGAUCGAAAUGUUAAACAAAGAAUUAAAAGCACCAGUGAUUAACGAUUUCGGUUUGUUGCGUAUUUGUUCGAAAGAAGAAAUUGAAAAUGCAGAACCUGCAACACCAUUUUGUCUAUCAACAGCAUCGUCAGUAUCGAUAAUCCCAAAAAAUUUGCAUGAAUGGAACUCAACACACGUACAAGAUUGGAUGAUCACGCACGAUUUAUCACAACUGAGUCGUGUAUUUGCUAACUUCAAUGGCUCAAGUUUGAUUCAUAUGUAUGAAUUUAUCGAAAAACUUGAUCUUCAACAAGUUGUCACUCUGCUUCAAGACGAUUCUGUACGGCGAACAGGUCAAAAUCUAUCAUUGGUCGAACUAUCGCAUUUUCGAUCUCUCAUGAAACAACAAAUACAAUCUUCUCCACCAUUUUCCAGCACUCUAAAACGAACGAAACGAAAUCUAAACAAAUGGAAACAUAAGCCUCUUGUUAGUUGUCAAAUAAUUUAA